AUGUCGGAUCUGGAAGCCCCUAUUCUGGUAACUGGAGCAGCUGGCCGGGUUGGCGGCGUCGGAAGGCGUGUGGUGAAAUUACUGAGAGCUGCCAACCUGCCAGUUCGCGCACAUGUGCGGCAAGAUGACAGUAGAGCAGAUCACUUGCGUUCCUUAGGUGCAGAGGUUGUUGUAGCCGAUCUCCUGAAAUCAGAGGAGGUGCUUCCGAUUCUCCAGGGCUGUCGGAAAGUCUUUUUCUGCACCAGCGUCUCCGCCGAUUAUCUGGAGGCGACGGUGGUGAUGGCUGCAGCGGCAAGAGCUACAAGUGGCAUCGAAGUUCUUGUCAACAUGUCUCAAAUGACGGUUGCUGAGAUGGAUCUUACUCAUACAACGGAUUCUCCGCAGCAUAAGUUGCAAUGGCUGAGCGAGCAAAUACUCAACUGGUCUGGACUGCCAGUAACACAUCUUCGACCAACUGUGUUCCAGGAAAACUUUCUCUUCUGGCAACUCCCCGCCGCCGGCAUCAAACAAUCUGGGACUAUACGAUUACCUUUUGGUCAAGGCUGUAUAUCUCCAAUAGCUAGCAACGACGUUGCAGAGGUCGCGGUGCAAAUUCUGCUCAACCCAAGUCAGUAUAUCAGCAAAAGCGUGGAGCUGACUGGACCAAACUCAGACAUGUUUGAGCUCGCCAAGGAGUAUUCUAAUGCAAUCGGGACUCCUGUUAAAUAUGUACCAGCCCAAUUGGACGAUUGGACUGAGAAGGUGUUCAAGGUUGCAACAUUACCAUCGCAUACCUACAACCAUAUUCUGACUAUGGUUAAGCUAGUUGAAGCUGGGCGCUAUGAUAGAUAUACGAAUUCAGUCGAAUCUAUCCUUGGUCGGCCGGCGGCCUCUAUCUCAUCAACUAUAAGACAGGAUCCUAGCCGGUUCCAGCCAUUUUGA